AUGAGCCUCGUAGUCCCUAGACUUCCCUUGCAGUUCCCUGCUACAUUCCCCCUGCCUCGUCCACUCAUCAAGCCAGACGAGAACUCUCAACCCACACCGGCACCACCUACCACCCAAUCCUCCACCAUCAAGACUUCCGCACCCUUCACAUCUAGCUUACAUCGAUUAUCAACCUGGUGGCCCUUUCAGAACGAUCAUGCAUCGCCGACUAUCGCCGAUGUUUCUCUCGCACCGGGUAAACUGCGGUAUGCUACAGCAGGUGCUCCCGGUAAUGAUGAUGACCUGAUACGCGAUGAAGACUAUGUUUCCCCCUCCUCCUUCCCCCAAUCCCGGCUCUCGCGCACGGAUUGUUACGCCGGACAACACGGAAGCGGCCGGUUUUGUUUCUGCUUCUAA